CGCACCUUCACUCUCCCACUUCGCGAACAAACACGCCAACAACCCGCCCCCGACGUCACAUCCAAUCCUCGCCGGCUUGCAACACGCUUUUCAUCUCACCGUCGCAGCCCUGGAGACGAUGCAGGCGGCGCCCGGCAAGAAGAAGCCCUAUCGCCCGCCGCGGCCCGACGCCAACACCUUCAGCACGCAGCACGAAUUCCUGGAGAGCCUGACGCCCGUGCCGGCCGACUCGGUCGGCGAGAAGGACCGCAAGUGCGCGCACUGCUGGAAGCGCUUUGGAGAGGCCGAUCCCGGCCUGGAUAACGCCGAGGAGCCCGUCCGCUUCCGAUGUGGCCACGUCUUCGGGGAAAGGUGCAUGAAAGAGCUAUUUUGCCCUCCAGAGGCCGUCAGAAUCGACAUGCUGCCGCUCUCCUUCGCGCCAGGCUCCCGAGGUGCGGAGCUCGGCCGCAGGCUGAGCGCGUACGUGGACCAAUGCGGCGUAGACAAGGGCGCGCUUCUAAUUGGCGGGAAGAGAGAAAAGGACUUCACGCGACUGCUCAACGAAGUCCAGAACGCAAACCGCGGCUACGAGAUACUGGGGAAGGAGUGGUAUCCGCGGGUCCAUCAAGCCAUGCACCCCAACCUCAACUUGCAUGAUGUCCACCUGCUGGAAAACGCGGUGAUUUUCGACGUCGGCAUCCCGGAGCCCAAAGGCAAGCCAACCUUCAUCCCCGAGUAUACGACGGCCGCAGUGGGCUACAUACCCUCGAUGCCCACGGAAUGGACUGCUACCAGUACCGAAGACCUUCUGGCUCUGGCUGAUGAGGCUCAGCAUCUGUACGAGGCCGCUAAAAACGCCACUCCCGAUAGCAGCAAUGCCUCCUCCACGCCAGUAUCGAGUAUUAAUAACAACGGCCUCCCUUCGUUCGCGAGCCUACUCGGGGCCCUUCACGGUGAUGUUGACGUUCCAGACCACGAUCCAAGCUUUGCAACAACGACAUCUGAGCCGGUCUCACAACCAGACACACCAGGUAGCGCGAAGACGGUUGCAGAGAUAACAUCGGAACUGUUGGCAGAAGACCAAGCACUCAUCGAGAUGAUGUCGACGCUAGAGGACCCGGCCUUGGCCAUGGACUCGCCCGCGUAUGUGGCAUACCAGCAGAUGAUGGAGCACUACAGCGAAACAGCAACCGAAGGCUCGAUCCCCAGCUCUGAAGAUGGUCCUGAACCGAUGGAAGGCGUGGAGCAGCCCUCAACCGACACUGCUGCUGAGCCAUUGCAGGGGAAACUUCCGAGCAUUCAUGAAGCUUUGAGUUCUGCGGAGACCGGGGGCACUGCGCCGGGGGCAUGGAAGGACAAGCUGCCCAAAGUUUCCAAGUUGGACAAGCUUGUAUCAUUGCAAAAGUCACAGGCAGACGCCAAGCAAGCGUUCAAAGCCGCCAAAAAGUCAGAAGCUUCUAUAAAGGCAUCCAAAGAGGCCUCUCAAAGGCGGGCCGCGAAAGCGAAAGCUGAGCGAGAUGCUCGGAAGCAAGAGCUGAUAGCAGUGUUGGCUCGUUCGCUCGCAAGAGUCUACGACGAGUACGAGCAACACCAGUUCGACAGCGCCCUAGCUGCUGGGCAACCGCCGCCGAUCAAGAGGUUGAAGCUGGCCUCCCCUACUAGUACAAUUACUCCGCCUCCUGUCACAGACGCGCCGAUCCCGGGGCCUCUGCCGAUGAACGUAAUUCAUUUGUCGGCAAUGAUGCACCGGCAUGACGUGGACGCAAGGCACUAUGAAGUUCCUCAGCCUUACACUCACGGCGGCGAUCCUGAAGACGAGGACGAUGACGAGACUAUCAACGAUGAGGCGCAGGGGCUCUCCGAAAAGACCAUAUUCCUCACUCGGACGACGUGUCGAAAGUGCUUCAAGCACACAGCAGGAGGACCAACGCGUUUCUUCUCCCUCCCGGAAUACAUCUGCUGGAAGAACACCAAGAGUGUACCCGAUGGCUGCCCCAUUUGCCACAAGGUCUUAUUCAGAAAAGGCCUGGAUUCUUUGGACCCGCACGGUGCAGCCAUGGCGGUCGACCCCUACUGACAACUCGGGGGCUGUACAAGAUUGAUGUAUGCAUUUCUAGGUCUGCGAUAGGAUGCAUGGCGUUUUGGAGCACUUCCGGCAGCAUGAAGAGAUGGUGCUUUUGACAGUAUUUUAGCCUAGGAUGGAUGAGGGGCAGUCUAGAAACGGGGCUAUUCAUUAGGAUCACAGCCUUUCCCUACACGCUUAACGCAUGCUUUUCCAAAGGGGUCUCAUCGAAUGCAGCUCAAGUGUGAGGAGUUGUGUUCUACUGAUUAGUGGGUUAGAUUCGGCCGCACGGCUAGCAGCCCGCGUUAUCAACAGCAGUCUAUUGCCGCUGGCAUUUCGUUACAUUCAAUUCAAUUGCUCCGACUCCUCUAUAUGC